GCCGAAUAAAUAGGAAUGUUCUAGAUCGAUAAUGGGUCUCAGAAGUGCUCGUUGUUUGAUUCUAACGGCCUCCCUUCUAUUUGCAGGGAUUGGUGCUCUAGCAAUCUAUUCGACCGUGUUGAGUGCAGAGAAAUUCUUCCCGAUUGUCCACAAAUUUGAUUUGAAAACCUUCCCAAUCUCACUGAUCCCCUUCUCAAUGUCCCUCACGUUCUCCAUAAUAUUCGUGUUCGCUGCCACAUUCGGCCUGUGUGCUCUCCGGAAUAACAUAAGAAUGCGGAAAACAGUACGAGUGUUUGUGUAUUGCCAGUACUUCAUCCUCGUCAUGAUCAUUGGGGGAAUAACCCUGGCCGUCCUCGUGCUGUGCUUCAUCAACCACCAGAAAGUACUCCCCGCCCUCACGCCCAGCUGCCUCUCCGUGCAGUGGACUACCUCCGCACUGCCAUCACCAACUACAACACCACCGCCGACAAAGUUGACUUUAUUCAGCGACUGGUGAGUGCCUGCAUAACCCCCAGUUUUCCUGCUGUGGAGUGGACGGUCCCGGGGACUGGAGUGCCCUCAACAUGUCUAUCCCCCUCAGUUGCUGUCCUCAUAGUAAUGACACUGUGUGCGACCACCCUGUCUCUGUUGGGUGUGAGUCUGAGAUCACCUCCCUCGACUCCAAAUACUUUGUGUUGUCUGUUUCCGUGGGAAUCGUCUUUCUGCUAUUCACGGUAUGUUUUCUUGGUCACCGCAGUUGAUCUCGGGGGUUGCCACUUGCUACCUCCUCAAGACACAACCACACUUUUACGGAACAUACUACCCCAUUUGAAUUAGUUAGCCUAUAAUCUAAUUAAUUUGAAUAAUGCUAUA